AUGGACGACGAGGAAGAUCUACUGAAUAUUGACUUGGACACUUCGCCAUCCUUUGAUGUCUCCAACAGCCUACAAACGACCACCAAGCAACUUUCGUCACAACAAAACGGUGGUGCCUCUGCUGCAAAACCAUCUUCUGCAGCAAAAGGUUCCAUGUUUUACCAGCCACAACGCAAUUUAGAAAAUCCUCGUUGGCUUCAAGGUACCGGUAGUGGCAGGCAGCUAUCACAACGAGAAUUGAUAGAGCGACAGAAGCAAGCCAAAUUGAGAGCAGAGCGAGGAGAAACUCCGGAGGCACAAGGGGAAAUACCACCGCUAGAAAUGGGAGAACAUGAAGAUGCAGAUGGGAACAGACUCAGCAUAGGGGAUAGGGUGCGCAAAACAGCUGUAGCUGUCACUGGAUCUGCAAUUGUUGCCUCGGGGACAAUGAUUCUAUUCACACCUCUACACCCACUUGGGCACCCAAUUCAAGCUGGAGGUUUGGGUGUGUUGGCGACCGAAUUUGAGGGCCCAAAAAGAGCCUUGAACAAGAGCAAGGCGCUCGUGAAACGAAUCAGUGGUAAGUCAAAACCAGAAGCAUCGAAUGGCGACCAAGCAAGCCAAAGCCGCCAACCACCAUUGGGACCCAACCCAUUACAAAAUACGAGUGAACUUCAAAGAAGUUUUGCCAGCAGUUCGUAUGUAUCACCCUUCCGCAAACAAUCAUUACCAAAUAAUGAUGAAAAAACGAAAGCGUCCACGAAACAAAAAGAGGCUAAACUCCCAGUACCAAAGAGUACAUUGAAAAGACAAGGUAGCACCAGUCUAUCGUCACCAAAUGUUGAUGCGAAACCACUUGCGAAACCAAAAGCGUCGAAACUGAAAGAUAUCAAACCCCCCAUACCAAAGGGUAAAUUGAAACGACAAGGUAGCACCAGUCUCUCUGGAGGAAUAUGA